GUCGCUAUUUGGUGAUACUAGAAUCUUCGUUGCAAAAUGUCCCGUAUGAACCGGAUCGCUCCGUCCAGCGUUUUGAGGCUUUUCGGGUGGGUAAUACUUUGCCUGUACGCGUCCAUGCCCGUACGCGGAGAUUUUGUCAGAGAACUCGUUGAUUCCGGUUUGAGCUCGGAACAGAUUGAGAAACUCGCGCACCUGCACCAAAACACGAAGCCCCUGCCGGAGGUUUGUUCAGAGUUCGGGGGAAGGCUCUCGCUCAUGACGGAAUUGGUCGCCGUGAAUGAGAAUGUAGAACGUCCACAAGACGAGCAGGCACAGGUCGAUCCCUUUUCCAUUUCGGAGGACGCGGCUAGCAAAACUGCUUCGGGGUUUGCGCUGGUGGAAAUUCGACCCCGUGGUGGCGUUCGAGCGAAGAAACACAUACACUUCGAUUUUCUGUAUUGUCUCUUCGCCGGACUUGGGUAUGAUUUGUUACGUUUUGCAUCGGCGGACCCUGAUGAUAUGCCACCGGAAAAUGAGUUGUUCUUGACCAGCCGAAUUAGUCAGCUCAACAACGGCCGAGAUCGCAAGGCGUUGUGGGAAAAUUUUGCCGAGAAGCACCCGGAGACUUUUUCCUGGAAGCUCUAUGAUCAUUUGCUUUCACUUUUUACAGUCGACAUCUGGCCGAUGAUCACCGCCGGCGUGCGGGGGUACAUAACAGCUCUGCAGCAGAUACAAGAGAGAGACGCGGGCCCUCGUCGCGAAGGCGCAACGCCGAUGGCGUGCAGUUUUGUGUGGCGGGCAAGUUUGCGUCUUGAGAUGCGGGAGGGCUAUUAUCCCUCGUGGCACAUCGACCAUGGCGCAGGCGAUGCUAUCCGCUUCUCGAUCCCGCUGUUUGGCGCCCCGACCGAAAUUAAAUCGAAACCUUUGGUAUACGACGACGCGGGCACUGCAAGAAAGCUAGAGUCAGGAAAGACCAAGGACGGCACUGGCUAUUGGGGUGGUGGAGUGCGCCGGCGCGUGUGAAAGGCCGCAGAGGUGGGCGAGGUGACCCAGACUCGGCGUGCUUCCGAGCCUGUCGUGCAUGAUUUUUUGAAAUUUGGUGAAAGGCUUCACCAAAUAUCGCACCAGAAGAAAACGGCAACGAAAGCGGCCGUGCGCGGAAGAUCGAAAUCUGUGCCAACGAAAGCGGCCGUGCGACGAAAGCGACCGGCCUCACGUCGGGGUCGAAGUCUGUCGCCGAGUGCUAGUUUGGAUACGGAUGAGCUGCAACUCUUGGGGCUCAUGUGGCAAAACGGGCGCGUUCGUCACCGUAGCCCGACCGAGGAGGACGUGCAGGCUUGGACGCCACCGGGGGCUGAACCGAGUCGAUUUGCGCUGUUUGUAGACCAGGAUCGUCGCAUCUACGGUUAAUCCUCAGUUCGGAUGACAAUUAUUCAUCCCACAAGGGCGAAGUCAAGCUGAUUGAAAUUCACGGCCGCGGGUGGACCAUCACGCUUUGAGGACAAACUAAGUAAGUGAAACAAGGUGAGGUCAAAGUGUUCGAUUUGGUGGAUGCAGAGACAAAUGGCAAGUAAGUGGCAUAUGCGGGGUCUAAUCAUCUACUAUCUGACCAAUGUUCAUCUGGGUAUUCGAAUUAUGUGUACGACGUGCGGACCUACAUCAAAUCGACGCUCUGUGCUGCUAGAGUUUUCGCGGAAUGCGGAGGCUGUUGUAUGACAAAUUCGAAUUUUAACUGGUUACGUAAUAAAAGCAAAACGUGUAGUGCCUGAAUUGUUUAGCUGUGCGAUAUAUGUAUUUCGGUGCUGCCCUGCAGGCUCCGACCAUAUUAAAUUUAUCUUCUCUACGUCACCUCGGGGUCGCGCAUUUACAAAGAACCGGCUUCCGUCUUGUGCUAAAAGCUAAAGAUGCAACGGCACGCAAGCCAAACUGCACGAGAAACAAAGACAUGCCACAGGCAAGACUCUCGAGAAACUCUACUACGAGGUUUGCAGUAUUGAUUUCUCAAACCAAUGAAGACGAUGCGUAGUGGUAUAUGCGCGUGGUCGAGAUGUGGCUCUAUGUAUAUGAGGCUUAUCGAACACUACGUAUAUAAGGUGUAAUGCGAUCAUCUAGUACGAAGGUC